CACAUGCACGUGUUCUCCAUUUCGACGUCUUGUCAAGGUUUCACGAAAUGGAAGUGCUCGGAAUCUAUGACGCUGACCCACGAGCUCCCAAAUAACAAAGACGGAAUACCACUAUACUUCGACGUUGCAUUCACGUCAUGUCAGGCUCCGUGUCGCAGCCCGAGGCCAAAAAAAGGCAGCGGGUCUCGGUCGCGUGCCUCGCAUGUCGGCAUAAGCGCAUGCGCUGCGAUGGACAGCAGCCUGUCUGCGGGUCAUGUCUGAGUAGAGGGGUUGAGUGCAUAUUCCAGCACGCCGAGAACAAGCGCAGACCACCCAGCAAGAAAUACGUGGAAUCCUUGCAGGCCCGCAUUCGUCAUCUAGAGGCCCAGGUCGUAUCACUGGGCUCUAAGCCCGCGUACGGUUCCACCAAAAUAGAUUUGACCGCUGAGGAUAACGAGCAAGACGACGAAUCUGGCGGGGAGGACGACCAAGACCCCUUUUCAGAUCUCACAGUCCGGGCUGGCCGUCUCAAUGUCAUUGAUGACGGUCAGUUGCAUUACUUCGGAUCGCAGAGCUCCUACAACCUGGUCCGGGAACCCCUGCGCGAUGCAGACCCUCAAGAACCAUCUCAUAAGGCACAGGUUGAAGGUCUUCUUGCCACUGCCCAGCUCGGGAAGACAGUCAGUAUCUCCGAUGAGCUUCAGGAUCACCUACUCGACUUGUACUGGCGGUGGCAGAACCCUUGGAACUACGUGAUCCACAAGGGCGCAUUCUUGAAAAGCUUCAAAGGAGAAGAUGAUGGCAAAAACUGUUCACCUCUUCUUCUGUGUUCAAUAUUUGCAAUAGCCGCGCGGUAUUCUGACCGCCCCGAGCUACGCUCAAUACAGGACGAUCCAAAUACUACUGGCGAUGCAUUCUGUGAACAGGCUAAGAUACUGAUGCUAUAUGAGACUGAGGCUCCCACUAUCACGACUGUACAGGCCGCCUGUCUUCUGGCCUUGAGAAUUAUGUCUGACGGAAAGGAGGCUCUGGGGUGGUUGUAUGCUGGAAAUGCGACAAGAAUGGCCCAUAACCUUGGCCUUCAUCUAGACUCUUCAAAAUUGAUCGCAACAGGUUCGUUGUCAGGAGAGGAAGUUGAAGCAAGAAAGGUGACAUGGUGGGGUUGCUAUGUCGUCGACAAGCUUUUCUCUUGCGGCCUAGGUCGCCCCAGUAGCACCCCCAAAUCCAGCAUCUCCUGCCCGAAGCCCAGCAUAGACACCAACGAGGAAUACAGGCCCUGGUUGCCGACGCCCGAUGGAUCGGCUUCAGAAAACUUCUUAGGGAUGCACUCACAUGUGUCGUCGACAGCCUGUCAUGUCUCAGAGACCUAUACCAUUGCGUGUGAAGCGAUGGACAUCAUCUACGCUGCUAACAGUACAUUGUCGAACCGCGAGCUGGAGGACGUUAUCAGCAAGGCAGAUGUGGAAUUGCGGACUCAUUUUACAGCCUUACCAAGCUUUCUCCGGGUGUCGAAUUCUCCCAAGGUGCCCAUGCUUCCUCACGUUUGCAUAUUCCAUAUUCAAUAUCAUGCACACCUCAUCCUCUUACACAGACCCAUGAUCCGUAACAGAGGACGAAAAAACUCGGCUAGCGUCGACACAUCUACGAACGAUGGAAGCAACAGGGGAGACGAGUACGAAAACCAGCAUAUGGCUACGUGCCGUCACUCGGCUACUGAGAUCGCACGCUUGCUGCGCACAUACAAGCAGCAAUACACUCUGCGACGGAUACCCAUCGCAGCAGUCCACCUGUGUUUCUCAGCAGUCGUGAUUCACCUGAUGGAUGCCCGGCCAUCGAACCCGAACAGGUCACAGGCCAUCAGGAACUUCCAGAUCUGUGUGGAUGCGCUGCGGGAUCUCCGGACGGCAUGGUGUGCAUGGAGCGAUCGAGCGCUGCGGGCUGUUCGGCUACUGGCCCGGGAGUGGUAUCAGUGCGAAGACAUCUCGGAUCUACAAAAUUGCGGCAGUCCUCGGAAGCCAGGUGAUAUGAAAGCUUCAGAGGUGGGAGUGGAAUCCGAGGUUGGAGACCAGGGCGAGUCACUGGCGUUCUUGUUUGAUGUUGGGACCCCACUUGCAAGCCAAUAUAUGGAUAGUCUGGUGACGGACUGGCUUAUGGAAAGCGGGUACGACGUGUUCCCUACCAUCGAGGAGUAAAAAGGUGUUACGAGGGGGCCAUGAAAUACAAAAUAUGAGAAGUGCCCGGAA